UCUGAUUUGUUCGCCUUUUCUGUUGCUAGCGUAUCGCAUGUAGAUAUUCUUCAUAUUCUCGUGGGUUACGAUUCGGAUACUCUCCUAGUCUGUAGUAGAAUGAUGUCAACAAAUUGAGCUCACCUCAAACGAGUCCAACGCCGAGGCCCGGAGGCGGCGGCGCAACACGGGGCCGCCACGCCACGCCACGCCACGACUUGUGGAUACGAUGGCACCGGAAACUCGUGCGAAGCGAGCUCGCACCGGAGUCGCCGACCCGCCGGCGGCGCUCCACUCGGACGGGUACGCGUACGCAUCUGCUUCUCCGUCGAUCGCAAAAGCUUCGCCUUCCAUUAUCCAUCGAUCUUCAUCUGAACCGGAGCUCCUGUUGCGGCGGCGUACGUGACGCAGGGGCUGGGCGAGCCUGACGUCCGGGCCGGCGGGGCUGAUCGCCGAGCGCCUCCUCUCCAGCGACGUCUCCAGCUACCUCCGCUUCCGCGCGGUGUGCGCCGCGUGGCGCGCGUCCUGCGCGGACCCGGGCGUCGCCGACCGCCGGUUCCACCCCCGGCGGUGGACCAUGCUCCCGCGCGCCUACAACAGCCGCAGCGGCCGGCGGCGCUUCCUGAACGUCUCCACCGGCGAGUGCGCCCGCGCGCGCAUCCCGGACCUCCGCAGCAACUACUUCCUCGGGACCACUGCCGAGGGCCUCCUCGUCCUGUGCCGGAAGGACGACCACGUCGUCCAGCUCCUCAACCCGCUCACGGGGCGGCUCACCGACUUGCCGUGCGCGGACACGAUGCUGCAGACACUCUGGGUAGACCUCAGGCUUGGUUCCUUCAUCACCGUGCGCAGCGCGGGCCUCGCCGACGACUCGACGGUGGCGCUCCUGUACGACACCAGUGACGAACGAGGCAUGCUAGCCGUCGCCAAGCCCGGCGAUGAGCAAUGGACGCGCUUGUCGCUCGACGAUCUCGCGCACCAUAGCAUCGAGCCAACGAUGGCGGCAGUGAUGCCGUACGCGGGCCGCCUGUACUGCGUCACCCACAAGAGCAUCUCGGUGGUGGAGACCGCGGCGGACCGGAAGCCGCGGCUGGCGCCGGUCGCCGACCACAGACUGGCCGGCGGACAACGAUGGAGUUGCAACGACUGGAUGUACCCGGUGUACGACGACGGCGGGGACCUGAUCCUUGUCCAUCGGAACACCGAGCUCACCCGCAGAGGCGAGAGGUACAUGACGUACCAGGCGAAGCUGGACACGGGCGACGUGGUGCCGACGCGCGGGCUGGGCGGACAAGCCUUGUUCCUUUCCAGUGGUCGUUCAGUGUCGGUGUCCGCCAAGAUUUCCUCGUCCAUCAGCACCGACACCGUCUACGUGUGCGACCAUGGCAGGAAAGCAGAUGCUGUCGCCUUUGAUCUCCUGGGUGCAAGCGCCGCCGAACUCAACUUUGGCGAGGACGACAAGGCCACGUGCUUUCAUGAAUCUAGUGCCCAUGAUUUGAAAUGCUUUGCAUUCGCUACUCCAUAUAUUUUCUGAUUUUCAGUAAACAUGGUUAAAGUUAA